AUGGCUCUUUCCUCUCAUCUCCUCUCCUCUCCCCUCCUCCGUCUCAUGCCCGCUUGGUAUUGGCAGACGGACAAUGGUUGGACUAGACAAGAUCCCGAUUCACAGUUUGACACCGUAUGCGUUGGUGCAUACAUGGCAUACGACAAGGAUGGCUUUCUGCUUCCAUCUACCGUUGUGGAAGGCGUACACCAACGCUGCUUGCGCGACCAGUCGGUCGUUGACACUGAGCGCGUGUGUGCUGCCAACGGCGCACGCAUGUGCUUCUGGCACGAACUACGAAACAAGAUGGAUGCCACCGGCUGUGCCAAUGAAUUCAACGGGCUGGAUCUAAUCACCAAUUCACGCUGUGACACCAACGGCAACGGCCAAGACGAUGGCUACAUCAUCGUCCGAUGGAACGACACUGAUACGCAGUCCUGCGUCACUGACGACGUGGCGCGAGAGAAUAGCUACGCCACCAUGUGUUGUGGUGACGAAUACUUGGAAGCACCCAAAACCUCAGUCAAAUCAUGCAGUGAACUGCCCAACUUUGUUGAAACACCCUACGGUCGCCUCGAUGUCUGUGGGGCCAGUCAGCUAAACACCUCUAAAGUCUCAUCUGGCUGCGUCAGCUCUGAGGUGAACUGGAAUGCCGCUCAGCAAGCCUGCGAAGCCAUCGGCGCCCGACUUUGUACCUUUAGCGAAUAUGUCGGGGGUGAAUCGCGUGGCACAGGCUGCGGCCAUGACACUCAAUAUGUCUGGACCAGCACGCCGUGUGGCCGCUGCUCCGAAACCAAGUAUAUGGCCUACCGCUUCGAGGAUACCACUGACAGCGAGUGUCUUGCCGCCAACUCGGGCUCCGCUUUUGUGCGCUGCUGUGCAGAUGACACCUCACGCUUUGGUCAACUGCACGGUACGUCGUGCGCUACUUGCUCUGAGCUCGGCUGGGGCUCGGGUACAGCCUCCAACGAAGUAUGCUCGGAUUCAGAGGUGGCUGGUGGCGUUGCGACCGACAAUGCCGGCUGCAUUGACCGUCCCUUGCCGUGGGAUGCUGCCGAGCGUCUAUGCCUGGAUGUCGGAGCUCGCCUCUGCGAUGCGUCUGAGCUGCGCAGUGGCGAGACGGCCGGCACCGGCUGCCAGCACGACAAUAGAUUCAUCUGGUCGCGAACCUCCUGUGCUGUGAAUGAAGCAAGCUUCUCUGCCGUCCUUGGUCGCGGCGCACAAGCCACCAGCGACACGGAGGUCUGCUUGCCCCGUGACUCCAAUACCACUGCCUAUGUCCGCUGCUGUGCAGACUAUGGCACCAUCAAGUCAGAUUUGCCCUGUGCCGCUUUGCGCUCCAACACGGCUCGCUACAACACCUUCCCUGUUCUACAACAAUGGAAAUCACCCGACCAAGACGUUGAGGGUGGCAAAUGCACCAACUCAGAAAUGCUCUUUGACGAAAAUGGCGCCGCUGUUCGCAAUACAAGCCUGGAGACAGACACUCGCUGCUUCUCCGGCAAGUCAUACAUUGAUGCCGUCCGCAUCUGCGCCGCCAGUGGCAGCCGUCUCUGCGGACUCAAUGAAAUCAGCUUUGCCAGAGGCACCGGGUGUGGCUUUGAUUCUCAGAUGAUCGUUACUGGCUCAGCGUGUCGCAUGGACAACGGUUAUGGCUACUUCGCUACGAACGGCGACAACUCGGGACCGCCCAUCUGUGUGGCCCAAAAUGAUGCAAAUUAUGCCGUGCGCUGCUGCGGCGAUGAGAUCAAUCUCGGUGAAUCCGCCCCUCGCUCCGAGCGUUCUUGCCAAGAGCUCGGCUGGUCUGGCACGGGUGUCGGGCGCCUAUCCACCUGUGCUUCGUCGGUAUCAGUCGAUGGCACCUGCUUCACUGAUGGCGACGACAUCAACAACGCCGUGACCUUUGAUGAGGCUCAGCGCAUGUGUUCGGCCAUCGGUGCGCGCUUGUGCACGAAUUCAGAGGCGUUGGCGUCCGAGGUCAAUGGCACGGGGUGCUCGGUGGACCAGACCUUCAUGUGGACCAGCACUGAAUGCGGUCGGUGCGGCAACACGGGCUACAUGCAAUACAAGGUGCACGCCAACAACGAUCGAGGGGGUUCGCGCUGCCGCAACGUGUCGCCCUUGGAACGCGCGAUGGUUCGGUGCUGCGCCGACGCCUCAAGCUCAUCGGCCGUCUUAGUUGGCACCUCGGCCAAGACGUGUGGCGAGCUCAGCUGGAACCCCAUUCCCUUCACGCCUCAGGGCAGCAUCAUCGGUAACUCCUCCAAGGUCUGCGGUGAGAGCAACAUUCUCGACCAAGCUGGCACCCCUGCCUGUGCUGCGGACGCUGUGCCCUUUGCCGUAGCCGAGGAGUAUUGUGCGGUCAUUGGAGCGCGCCUCUGUGAGAUUUCCGAGCUCAUUGGGGACGUAACUAGAUCAACUGGGUGUGGUCACGAUUUCAACCGUCUGUGGUCCCGCUCUACCUGCCCCACUGGAUUCUGGACGGGGCCAGGGGCAGGUGACCAACUCGACAACAUUCCCCUGAAGUGCACAGCCCCAACAGAAGCAGCCUUCGUGCGCUGCUGUGCUGACGAGCUUGACAUCAAGUCAGAUCGUUCCUGUACCGAGCAGGUGGCCCACUACGCUUACCUUGGCGUGCGUUGGACCAAUGGCGUUUCCUGGACCUCUCCCAAACAAGGCGUGUGCGCUGCCUCCCUCGUCCCCUUUAACGGAAGUGGUGCUUUUCUUCCUGCAACAGUGGAUGCUCGCUGUCAGCGGCCCACCUCGGUUCCAGAUGCCAUCCGCGCCUGCGCCAUGACUGGUGCUCGCCUCUGCACUCGCAGUGAGGUUUUGACCAGCACAAGGAGUUCCGGGUGUGGCUACGACGCAGAGAGCUUCAUUCUGUCGGCAACGUACUGUACUACGAGCGACGGCCAACCUGGCCACCGCGCCGUGCGCCCUUACAACGGUGCCAACUUUUGCGUGCCCAGCACAGGGCCCAUUGAGGCAGAGCAGCCGCUCGGCUUGCGAUGCUGCGCGGAUGAAGAGACUGAGCCAGUCGAGCCCUCUGCGCUGAGCUGCCAUCAAUUGGGCUGGCAGGCUACGGAUACGCUGCGCCAUGUGUGCAGUACAGGCCAAAGCCGCGACUCCCAGUGCCUGGGCGCACGCAAUUAUUACGAUGCAGAAGCCUAUUGCCGACGCAUCGGGGGGCGCAUGUGCACCAUGGAGGAGCACGUUCUCGGUGUUACCCAGGGCACCACCUGCAAUAACCAGUUCCUCUGGUCUACGCAAAGCUGCGGUCGCGGCACGGGCGACUUUUCUACCAUGUACAAUCCUGCGACGGGUGAAACGGAAUGCAUCAAUCGCUUUUGGCGUCGCAAAUUUCGCUGCUGUGCCGACGAUCUCAGCUCGACCACAGCCUUGACGGCUGCAUCAUGUCGGACGUGCGGAGAAUUGGGCUUUAUGGACUUUUUGGGAACAGAGGCCAAGGGCUCAAUUGAUGUCUGUGCCUCCAGUAUGAUCCUGGGCUCUUUGGACGGCAGCCCCCGCGCUUGUAGUAACGAGAAUGUGGCAUUUGACACUGCUCUGCAGGUUUGUGCUAGCAUUGGCGCUCGGCUAUGCUCGGUUGAAGAAGUGUGGAACAAUGAGCUCCACGGCGCAACGUGCGACGACGAGGACUCGGUCAAUGUUUGGACGCGGAGUGCUGGUGGCUGCAGCGACGGUGAAUUUAUUGUCACGGAAUCAGCCUAUGCUGGCGUGGACACCCCAAGUUGGACCUGUGCCCCCAAGACGCAGCUCGCAGCCAAGGUCCGCUGCUGCGGCGACGAGGGCAAGCUGCCGUCGGAUCUCUCGUGCAGUCAGCACAUUCGUGUUGCCGCCAACCUUGGCCAGCGAAACCAGAAGGAUAACAUCAACGGAUGGUCCUCGCCGGCUCGCACCAACUUGGGCAUUUGCGCUGCCUCGCACAUCCCUUAUGACGUCAAUGGCAAUCUCAUUGCCAACGUUGACGACCGCUGCCAGCAUGCGACCCUCGACGAGGCCCAAAGCCUCUGCGCUAUGAUUGGUGCUCGCGUGUGCACGGUGAACGAACAUGCCCUGUUUGGCUGGGACACGGGCUGUGGCUUUGAUUACAUUGACAAAGCAUCGUCGUCGACGUGCUUUGUAUCAAACAACCACUCACGCCCCGGCUACCUGGUGGUACCAGACAUCAACACACUUGACACCAACCCACCAUACUGUGCGAGUGCGGACCCCACCGUGAAUAAUCGCACCUUUGCCGUACGCUGUUGCGCGGAUGAGGAGGUGCCGCACAUCGAGCGUUCUCAGCGCUCUUGCCAGGACAUUGGCUUCAAAUCGUCCGUCGGAUCAGUUGUGCGCCCCGGGGUGUGUGGGGAUUCCGAAAUCGAGGAAUCGCCGGCGGGCAGCGGCACGUAUCAAUGUCCGGCUGUCUCGGCUGCCAAUUACACUACCGCUGAUGCCAUGUGCAAGGCCAUUGGUGCCCGUUUGUGUACGUUUGGGGAAUUGGCGUCCGGCGUGAGCAGGGGCUCCGGCUGCGGGCACGACAACGCAUGGACCUGGAGCUCGACUGCUUGCAGCAGUUGUGGCUACAAUCGCCACUUGGCACAUCGCUGGAACGAUGUCGGUACAACCUACGGUGCGCGCCAUUGCCUGAGCGAUAGCGAUCAAGGCGGCAUCCGUUGCUGUGCCGACGAGGAAGACGUUAUUGAACUGGACAACACCGAUACCUCCUGUAGCUCUUGUGAGGAUCUAAGUGCGCAAUUUGAUGACACAGCAGCCUGGAGCCCCGUGUGCGGCGCAUUUGACGUCGGAGUAAAUCGAACGUGCCCUGUGGCCAAUGCAUUUUUUGAGCAGGCUGCUGCAGCUUGCCGCGCCAUGGGCGCGCGUUUAUGCGGCAUCGGGGAGAUCGAGGGAGGGCGCUUCAACAACUCUGCUUUGACAAAUGCGGAGUGUGCGCUUGACAGCCCGGUGUGGUCGCGCACGUCGUGUGGCUUUGCCGCUGCUUAUGUCACCGUGCCCGGUGCGGCUGAUAGCUCGGCCCGAGAGUGCCGAAACGUCACUGCAGGUCGCGCAUCCUACGUGUGCUGUGCAGACAGCGAUUCCGUAGUCAAGUCAGACUGGUCCUGUGCCGAACACAUGUCCGCCAUCCAAAACCUAGUGAAUACUCGAGACGUCAACGGCUGGCGCCAAUCACCUGCCGACGCGCCCGUGUGUGCAGCAUCGGAGCUGGCUUACAACGUUAGCGGAGAGCUGGAGAGUGAUCCCGCAAAGCGCUGCCACUCGAACGUGACGCAAGGCGAGGCUGAAUACAUUUGCACAAUCAAUCAUGCGCGGCUCUGUACUUUGCAGGAGACAAAGCAGGUCGCUAUCGGUACUGGCUGCUUCUUUGAUGCCGUGUAUGUCUGGACCAGCGAGCCCUGCACCACAAGUGAAGGCGAAGCAGGAUUUUGGCUGUUCAACCGAAAUACAGAUGAGACAAAAACGAUGUGCCGCGUCCCCGAUGUACAUCGCGCGGAUCAGGGCGUGCGCUGCUGUGCCGACGACGUUGUUCCAGAGCGUCCCGUGUCAGAACUGAGCUGCAGCAACCUCGGCUUUACCUUCACCGAGUCCUUCAUGACCACAGAGGUUUGCGGUCUGUCCCAAGUCAAGGCAGACGGCACGUGCGUGGGGAAGGAGGUGUCCUUUGGUGCCGCCAAGGAUUAUUGUGAGUCCAUUGGUGCACGCCUUUGUACCUUUUCUGAAUACGUCGGUGGCGUGUCCGCGGAUACCGGCUGCCUGCACAACGCCAGGCAAGUGUGGACUUCCAGCGAGUGCGGUCGAUGCGGCAAGGAAAGCUACCGCACUUUCCGCUAUGAUAACAAGCAGGAGGACUGCCGCAGUAUUUCGACCCAAACGGCUGCCGUCCGCUGCUGCGCCGAUGCCAUUCGAGCCCAAGACGUCUUUACCACGACAUCGUGCAAAACAUGUUCGCAGCUCGGUUGGCCUUCAGGUUGGGCAUCGUCGGCUGUUUGUGCCGACUCGAAGAUUCUUGUCAGUGGGUCCACCAGUCAGUGCCUGUACCGUGCCGUCGAUUUUCAGGCGGCACAACGCAUCUGCCUGAGUGUGGGAGCACGAUUGUGUGAUUACCAGGAGGUCCUGAGAAAAGAAACGGUCUCGACCGGAUGUGAGCACGACUGGCGCGAAAUUUGGACGCGGACAGCCUGUGACUCGGGCAGUUUUUGGUCUGUGUUAGGCAACACGGACCAUGGGAACAAUAUCACUUGUCGCGCGGCCACGGACAUGGCCUUUGUGCGUUGCUGUGCUGAUGAGCGCGUCGCCUUUCCUUCAGACAAAUCAUGUGAGGUCUUGCGCAAUGAGGGCCAGGGCCAGUUUAACUUCCUGAAUUCCUUCAAAGGUGGCUGGACCUUGGCCGACGACGAGCAAGACCUGGUUUGUGCUGCAUCACAGUUGCCGUAUGACAUGUCUGGCACUCCUCUGCCGCAAGGCGAUGCGCGGUGCAAUACCAACGUGACGUUUGCUCAAGCCACAGCCACGUGUCUGGUGAACGGUGGUCGGCUAUGCACGCGGCAUGAGCUGGCUACCCAAGCCAUGGACACGGGCUGCAACUUCAAUUCGGUCCCCGUCAUCUCGGGCUCCUACUGCCAAACGGCGGAUGGUUCGCAAGGAUACUGGGCUCUCACGCAUAAUUCAGACACAUGGAACUGCAAGGCUUUUGAGGAAGGCGCUGCUCUGCGCUGCUGUGCUGAUGAGACUGCAGUGGAGCCAUGGCCUUCUCGCUCUUCAUGUUCCGAGUUGGACUGGAGUCCGGGCCGGGCUGGCAACGUUGGUGUGUGUGCCAGUGGCCUUGUGGGUCCCAACAGCACCUUCCUGCCCGAUCCGAUCUCAUAUGACGAGGCCUAUGCCACUUGCGAUGCCCUUGGCGCGCGGCUGUGCACGGCCAGCGAGUUGGCAGCCGGCAUUGGUGCUGGCACAGGUACGACACUGCAUAUCGUGCAACACUUUGACUUGGUAACAAUGCUUAUUCUUUGUGCAAUCUUCUCGCAAUCGUUGCGGUGCGCCGCGGUCAGGGGUUGCUGUGCUGAUGUGCGACAAUACGAGGCAGCCCUCACGAGCACGUCUUGCAAGACUUGCGACGAGCUUGGUCUGGCCCCUGGCCCUGGUGCCCCCAAUGUUUGCGCCACGGCCAAUGUUGUGGGUGGAGCGACUGCAGACGACGGCAACUGUGCGGCCGUUGCUUUGACGUUUCGCCAGGCGGAACAAGUCUGCUCAGAUGCUGGGGCUCGCUUGUGCACUCUUGCCGCGCAGUCCCAUGUGCGUUGCUGCGCCGAUGACGUGACAGUGCGCUCUGAUGCCACGUGCGCGCAGCUGCGCACUGCUGCCGCAACCAGACGCAACCCCGACCUGACUGGCUUUACACAAGGCUGGAGCAAUGCUGCAAACAACGUGACCGCGGCCGGUAGCGUUUGUUUGUCCCCUUAUGUUCACUGGACGCUAAACGCUGAGGAGCGGGCCCCCACCCAGCGCGUGCUGACUGCAACGUCACCUGACCAAGCCGACCGCCUGUGCGCGACCAUUGGUGCACGUCUCUGUCCAAGAUGGAUGAUUGAUGCCUUUGCCGUCCCCGACGACCCUCUGGCUGACAGCUACAUCACACUUGCAGGCCGGUGUUUGACAGAGCGAGGCAGUGAAGGCUACGUUGUCUACAACCCCAGCCGUCAAAAUUCCAUGUGUGCUGAAUCCAACAACGCCUCAUAUGCUGUCCGUUGCUGCGCCGACGAAGCGGACCCUGCCCUCACCAAGGAAGUGUCACUACAAACGUGUGCCGCCCUGGGGUGGUCAGAAAACGGCUUUGGCACUUUUUCAGUGUGCGGGGCUUCAGAAGUCGACGACGGCGAGUGCGUCAAUGGUGACGUGUUUUUUAAUUCUGCCCAUGACCACUGUCGCGCGGCCGGUGCGCGCCUGUGCUCGUACUCUGAGCUCGUGCGUGGCGAAGCCAUGGACACCGGUUGUGAGCACAACUUUGCCGCCGUGUGGUCGUCCACCCGGUGCGACCGCUGCGGAGUGGAAGCUUUCCUCGUGCACUCGCAUGUCGGUGGCCCCCAUGGUACGUCAGAGUGUCUGCCAACUUUUUUUAGCGCACGAGUCCGAUGCUGCGCCGAUGUGGAGCUUGUACCACCAGCUUCCACAACCAUGGGUUCGACCACAACGACUACUACCACCAAAGUGACUACUACCACCACCACCACUACCACCACCACCACUGUCUCCAAGACGCAGCAGGCCACGACCACCGAUCUAUCGUCUUUUGGGGCUGUUGCUUUUACAGGCACCACGGCCAACGACUGGCGCACCAGUGACUUUCCAGAUACCCUGACGGCAAUCGUCAACCAGGUCAUUGAUGCGCGAGUUGACCCGCUCCAAAGCUCGGAUGUGGUCGUCACGGAUCUCUUCAGUGCCAACCCGACGUCGGUACGGGUACGCUUUGUGGUCACACCACAGAGCUCGGCUCUCGCAGCUCAAGCAGUCUACGCUGCAAUUCAGGAUGUGCGUCAGAGUGGCGCGCUGGCCGAUGCUUUGGCUCAGAGACUGGACUCGCCUAUGGUCCAGGACGUUCGAUGCCGCCUACGACGCGUAUCGCAACUCAGUCACCACAACGACGACGACGACCACAACGACGACCACAACGACAACGACGACAGCAUCAGCGUCAACUGCCUCCUCGUCGACCACGACAAUGCCUACAACCACCACUACCACAACGACAACCACUACAACAACAACAACCACCACCACCACCACUACUACUACUACUACUACUACUACUACUACUACUACUACUACUACUACUACUACUACUACUACUACUACUACUACUACUACAACUACAACGCCCUAUCCCACCGAAGCCAAUUUGCAUAUGCAGGCCACUACGCAUCCGUUUCACAGGCGCUCAAUGUGCGCUUGAAUGCCACCACCAACCCGGUCACGCCCGCCGCGAUCAGAGUGCUAGCCAUGCAACAAGGCUCGAUCUUGGUCAACUUUAGUGUCACACCUUCAACAUUGGCGGCACAAGCUGUGUAUGCCGCACUGCUCGAUGUGCGCAACACUGGUGCACUGAGCCAAGUUCUGACCAUUAUUGCUGGAGCGUCUGUAACUGACAUCCGCCAAAACGAAGACUUGGUAACCCCAUGCGCUGCCUGCAAGGCGUUUGGUGCCGACGCGUCAGCAGCCGACUACGAAGCUGCCAUUGCAGAAUACCGCCAGGCCGUGGCCGGCAGUGGUGGGGCUACGACUCGAUCGCCGACAACUGGGGUCGGCACCGGCGAAAGUACUGGUGCGGGUGGCUCUUCUGGUGACAACACUGCCAUUAUUGUCGGGGUGGCUGUUGCUGCGAUUGUGGUCGUAGCUGCAGUUGCUGCCUUUUUGGUGGUCCGUGCCCGUCGCAACGCUGCCAAACACCCGGGCGUAGUUGCAUACAAGGCAGGUGGGGGACGCGAGGGCACGGUUGCUUUCGAGAACCCCCUGUACGAGACCAGCGUAGAACAUGAGACCAAGGAGAAUCCGCUGUAUGACGAAGACCCGUUUGAUCGCUACGAUGACAACCCUGACUACAUGGACCUGCCGCAUAACCAAGCUGGCACCUUUGAAGAGCCCUCCUUUGAGGAUGGCUACUUGGAAACAGAGCAAGGGGAUGCUGCUGGCGGCUAUCUGGACGUUGGCGAUCGUUCAGAUGAAGCGGGAUACUUGGAUUUUGAAGAUCAAGAGCACGAGUAA